CUCGUCAUUCCGCCAGGAUGCUAAACCCCCGAGAGAGAAACUAGGACAAACAUCAUCGUCAUAGGAACUGUCGGUGAGAGAUUCUGCCUUGCAAGAACCCAACUGUCGAGAUCCAUCGACUCCAUUAAACCAACCAUUUUCUCCCUUCAAGCCCCAAUUUCUCCAGACCCCUUUCCCACAUUGCCUUCGAAUCACUCUUAAAAACUCCAUUCCGUGUACAAAGAAUUCCAAACAAAGAUCAAAACCUUGUAAUUUGCCUCGCAUUUUUCCGUGCGGACCAUUUCGUUUUGCAUGUUCAGAUCCAGCAAUUAAGACCCUUAUUCCACCUAUUUCUACAUUUGCAAGAAAAUUUCUUUAUUCUUCAUAAGAAUGGGAGAGAAAUCGGGGUCAAGAGGAGGAUGGUUUGGGUGGUUUAUUGUGUUGAUAGUAGUAGCAGUAAUUGCAAUUGCAAUUGCAUUAACUGUAAAGCAGAAAAUGCACAAGAAUGGAUCAGAUUUUGAAGCCGCUCCAGUUCCGGGGCCUCCCGGUGCGGUUACGCAGAAAUAUGCCGACGCUCUCAAAACUGCUAUGCAGUUCUUGGAGAUACAGAAAGCCGGGAAGUUGGUGAAUAAUAAGAUAUCUUGGAGAGGUGAUUCUGCUCUGAAAGACGGAAGUGAAGCAAGGUUAGAUCUUUCGAAAGGUAUGUAUGAUGCUGGAGAUCACAUUAAGUUUGGAUUCCCGAUGGCUUUCACGGCCACAGUAUUGUCGUGGACCAUCUUGGAGUAUGGGGAUCAAAUGAAAGUGGUGAAUCAAUUGGAACCUGCUCAGGACUCGCUUAAGUGGAUCACCGACUACCUCAUAAAUGCUCAUCCUUCGGAAAAUGUCCUUUACAUUCAGGUGGGCGAUCCUAAAGCCGACCAUGCUUGUUGGGACAGGCCUGAGACCAUGACUGGGGAAAGACCACUCACGCAGCUGAACACUUCUGCCCCGGGUACUGAGGUUGCUGCAGAAACUGCGGCAGCUAUGGCAGCGGCAUCCCUGGUGUUUAAAUCGACUGACUCUGAAUAUUCAAGCCUGCUUCUGAAGCAUUCUAAACAACUGUUCACUUUUGCUGACAAAUAUAGAAAAUCUUAUAGCGUUAGCAUUCCCGAUGUGCAAAACUUCUACAACUCUACAGGCUAUGGGGAUGAGCUCUUGUGGGCAGCUAGUUGGCUUUAUCAUGCAACUGGGGAGCGAUCAUAUUUUGAAUACGUGACUGGAAAAAAUGGUGAAGACUUUGCCAAUUGGGGAAGUCCUACAUGGUUUAGCUGGGAUAACAAGCUGGCUGGAACUCAGGUUCUUCUGUCCAGGGUUAACUUCUUUGGGUCAAAAGAUGUUUCAAGCUCCAAUGUCCUCCAAAAGUACAGGAAAUCGGCAGAGGCUGUCAUGUGCGGCCUCCUACCAAAAUCUCCAACUGCUACAACUAGUAGAACUGACAACGGUUUGAUAUGGAUCAGUGACUGGAAUGCUCUGCAGCAUCCUGUGGCAUCUGCAUUUUUAGCCGUUGUAUACAGUGAUUACAUGCUUUCAUCUCGUACCGCAAAGAUAUCUUGUGAUGGAAAUAACUAUAGGCCAUCGGACCUGCGGAAGUUUGCCUUGUCACAGGCCGACUAUGUAUUAGGUAACAACCCCUUGAAGAUGAGUUAUCUCGUGGGCUACGGGGACAAGUACCCACAGUAUGUGCAUCACAGGGGAGCCUCAAUUCCAGUAGAUGCAACAACUGGCUGCAGAGAUGGUUUCAGGUGGCUCAAGUCAGAUAAACCGAAUCCAAAUGUUGCAAUCGGAGCACUAGUUGGUGGACCUUUUCGCAACGAGUCGUUUAUUGAUUCAAGGAACAAUUCAAUGCAGACCGAACCAAGCACAUACAACAGUGCAGUCAUUGUUGGCCUUCUUUCGGGUUUGGUUACUACAUCUUCAGUUGCUCAAUCUUUUACAUAAGGUGGUAUCUCGAACAAAUUACUCCAAAAUGCUUGCAUUAUAGUAGCUAUACGAUGAUAUUUUUUCCUCGCUUUGAUAUUUGUAGUUACAUAUUUUGCCCCGUAGAUAUCAACUUCUUAGUCUUACCACGUUUGUUAUUUCGACUAUGCUAUAUGUACAUCACAAUUUUCAGAUUUGUUUAUGUUGAGAUGAUGUCGUGAGAUUUUAUAUCUGCUUA